CACACGAUACACAACUCGCAUCGGCCAUUUUACAUACGGGCAAGCGUAUUGUUCUUGAUGUGAAACCACCAUGACGUCUUUCACAGGAAAAGUAGCGCUUAUUACAGGAGCGACUUGUGGUAUUGGCGAGACCACGGCUAGACGUUUAGCGUCGGCGGGUUGUCUCCUGGCAAUGACCGGUAAAGAUCAAGAUGAACUGAUGGAGCUAGCCCGGCAAUGUCAGAGACUAGGUGCUUCGGAACAUCAGAUUUUGCUUCUUGCUGGUGACUUGACGGAAGAUCAAAAUGUCGAGGAGGUUGUGACGCGAACGGUGGAGAAGUUCGGUCGAUUGGAUAUUCUGGUUUAUAAUCUCAGCUGGAGCAGCAUGCUUGGAGCGGACAAGGCGCCAUCCUUGAUGUUCGACAAAGCGAUUAAGCUGAACGUGCGAUCUGUGUUCUACCUGACCAAGUUAUCAGCGCCGCACCUUACAGCCACCAAAGGUUGCAUUGUGACCAACUACAAUGUUCCGAGCUUCAUUUCGAGCACGAACAAGAUGGUUUACAGCAUGAUUAAACUGGCAUUAGAUCAGUUCACGAGAAGUACUGCAGUUGAUCUCGCUCCCCAAGGAGUAAGAGUAAACGCAGUCAACCCUGGUGCGGUUACUGAUUCAGCAACUUCCCUGAAUGGACACAGUCCUUCAAAGAUGAAGCAUGGCAGCAAGGAGGAGCACCCCCUGGGAAAACACAGUAAAGACAAGGAGGUGGCUGCAGCUAUUGUUUUCCUGGCAUCACAUGAUGCUGCAAUGAUCACGGGGGAGCUCCUCACUAUAGACAGCGGAAGACACGUACAGCCCAGAGCACCAAAGUACUGACAUUAACAUUUUGGAUUGGAAAUGAUGCAUCAUAUUUGUUUGCUUGCCAUGUAAACUGCCAUAUUUCAGGGCACAUGUAGGAGCAUUACGGGACUCAUGCCUGCUUCCUUCAAAUGCAAACUAAGAACUGUCUGUCCACUAUAAAAGCACCACAAUUUACUUAUUCCAAAAAUAUGACAUAUGCACUGGACAGCAAAAGAAACUUGCCACUUCUGUCAAAGGCCAAACAUAAAAAUUCACCCCAUAGAAAUAAACAAUUUUUGUACACAGGUAUGCUGCAAUGCCCCUUACUUAUCACGUGCCCAAAAGCAAGAGAUUAUCUUUAUAACAAAGAAGAAAUUGACAUGCACAUGACAGAAGUGGCAAGUUUCUUUUGCUGUCCAGUGUAGUUUAAAAAAUGGGAAGAUGUAUGGAUGAGUCCUAGAUGUUAUCAAAAGUUGACACAGAAAAAAAGGGAAAUCAAACAGUAAUUUGAUUUUGUGGGUUAUAAUAUGAAGCAAUUUUGUGACCCAUUUACAACACUGAAACAAUCUUUAUCCCAAUAAACAUCUUCAAUUCUGAU